AUGUCAGUUAUACUUUCUACAACGUCGAAAAAUGCUCCUCUACUCAUCCACAAUGGAUUUUCUUACAUCAUUGAUCGUCGAACUGAUAAGAAGAUAUUGUGGAAGUGCGAAUUUUCAAGAAAAUUUCAAUGUCAUGGACGACUACACACUGAUUUAAAUAACAUAUUUAUUCAAACAGUUGGUGAUCAUGAAAAUCACACUGGAGAUCCACGAUCUGGAGUGAUUAGACAAUAUUAUGAUCGAUUACGAACAGAAUCUCAACAAAACCAAACCAAUCCACAUAAUAUUUUAACUCAAGUUAAUAUUGGAGUCCAGGAUGAAGUUCGUGUUAAAAUAACUAGCAAUGACAAUUUGAAAAGAAACAUUCGUCGUUGGCGACAAGAAGCUCAUGCUGCACCGGUACCAUCAAAUAUCGACUUCCCAGUUGUUCCAGAUUUAUAUCAUCGAACAACACGUGAUACAAUAUUUCUUCGUAAAGAUACUGGUCCUACUUCGGAUAGAAUGCUAAUAUUUUUUACUGAUGAACAAAGAAAUAUUAUGGAAAACUCUACGAACUUCUUCAUAGAUGGAACGUUUAAAGUUGUUCCGGAAAUAUUCUUUCAACUCUUUGUAAUUCAUGCUAAUUUUCGUGAUCAUAUAUUUCCAGUAUUAUUUGUUCUGUUACCUGGCAAAAGUCGUAAAAUCUACGAGAAAAUGUUCAACAACAUUAUUGCAUUGAUUCCAAGAUGGUCGCCUGGACGCAUCAUGAUGGACUUUGAGAAGGCGGCAAUGAAUGUUGUCGAUGCCAGUUUUCCUUCAAUUGAAAUUAGUGGUUGUUUCUUCCACUUAACCCAAAGUGUUCAACGAUUUUUACAGAAUCAUGGUUUUAAACAAAAGUAUGAAACAGAUAUUACAUUUGCUGAUAAUAUACAUAAAAUAUUGGCUUUGGCAUUCCUCGAACCAACCCAAGUUAUUAAUGGUUUUGAAUCUUUGUGUUUGGAAUUAGGUGAAGAAUAUCAAGAAAUCCUUGAUUAUUUUGAAGAUAAUUACAUAGGACGACUUCGUGGACGCUCAAGACGCCCAGCAACAUUUCCUAUUAAUAUUUGGAACAUGAAUGCACGUGUGAAGAAUAAUUUGCAUAGAACUAACAACAACAUAGAAGCAUGGCAUCGAAAAUUGAACUGCAGCUUUCAAUGCACACACCCAAUUUUGUGGACAUUUUUGAACAAGCUGAUUAAAGAAGAAAACAAUAUAUAUUCAGAUAUAAUUAAUGCUAUGUCUGGUCACCCACCACGAAAACGUAAACAUGAUUCCAUGAACACACGGCUAUACAAUUUGGUUCACAAUCCACAUGUGGACGUCAAUGAUCAAUUAAAAUACAUUGGACGAUUGUUAUCUAUGUAG